CUGAAUAUUGUUUAAUUUUAUGAACAACAUUAUUUCAAAUGUUGUUUCCCGUUGCAAUAAAUCUAAUUUUAAUAUUUUCUUUUGUGUUUUGUGAAAAGAAAAACGAAACUAAUGAACCCGGUGAACGAAUCUACACAAAUUCCAUUAGGGCCCUCUCAGAACUUCGGGAGGUUGAGAAUUCCUACAUGGAGCACUUGAACAACUACGUUGGCGCUCUGCAACGAAAAGUAAAAGCUCUACAAGUGUUGAUAGACUCCGCAACUCAUGACAAUCUUAAAAGUAAGGCUGAUCGCAUUCGAUAUGUUUCCAAUCCCCUGAACUCCCUUGCACUGGUGAGACGAGCCCAUCAAGAUUGGCCCAAGUGGAUGGCUUACAUCAGGGAUCAAGAAAUGGCGAAAGUUGAUAUUAAGGAUAUGAAUAAAUUUGUGAAUCUUACGCCCAACGCGGAGGAUAUGCAAGAGGCCUUGCUGGGAAUGGAUAGAAUAGAGCACUUCUACGACCUGAAGUCCUCUGAUAUGGCAAAGGGUCUUGUGGCAGGCCAACAACUGCAAACUCGAAUGUCAGCUCCAGAUUUAAAAGCAUUAGCAGACUAUAUGUACAAUCAAUCUGAAUAUAGACGCGCAGCCCAGUGGUACCGACUAGCUCUAGGAGCUAUUACCAAUCCCAAGAACAAGAUUUCUUUCAAAAUCUAUGAACCAAAACAAGAGGAUAUCAAAAAAAUGUUUGUAAUAAGUCGGCUUCACGAAGGAUCUAUCGACAAUUUACCCGACUACAUCAGGGAACUCUCCAAAGAUCCACAGAUUCCUCUGGUUCAUUUGAGGCCAAAACCACCUCCCACUAGGGUCGAACUAGGAUGCAGAGGAAUGUUUCCGCCAGGACCUCAAUUGGUAUGUCGCUACAAUACCACCGCGUCGCCAUUUAUGAGAUUGGCUCCGCUGAAACAAGAGGAGAUCAGCAGGAACCCGCUCAUCUGGUUGUAUCACGACGUGAUCUUCGACAGUGAGAUCGCGCAACUGACUAACAACUUGACUCGAGACGAGAUGAUCCAGGGCUACCCUGAUAAGUAUAGAGCUACGGAGAAGCCUUACCGCCUCUUUCACGCCAAAGUCACCGACGACGAUGGGAGCAAGUUGGACAAGACCCUGGUGAACCGCAUGGCGGAUAUAUCCGGUCUGGAUGUCGGCAAUGCGACCUCAUUGGCCAGAGUCAACUACGGACUGGGCAGCUACUUCCAUGAGCAUGGCGAUUACACAGACAUCAAGCUUCAUCCGGAACUUACGGAGGAGGGUGAUCGAUUGAUGACAUUUUUGUUCUAUAUGACCGACGUCCCGGUUGGCGGUGCCACUCUUUUUCCAGGAGCCAAUCUCGCCAUCCAGCCGAGAAAGGGAUCCGCGUUGUUCUGGUACAAUCUGCACAAUGAUGGCGAACCGAAUACGCUGACCAAACACGCUGUUUGUCCCAUGAUCUUGGGCAACCGAUGGGUUUUGGUAAAGAGCAUGUUGUACUACGAUCAGAUGUUUAAGAAGCCCUGUUACAAGUAAAUAAAUAAAUAAAACCCAUUAUGUUUUAAAAGCUA